GGCGAUAGUUUCCAGAUGCCCGAUUUACAUCAUAAUCAACGGCUUCCACUACAGGCUGCAGGCGGGCACGCGCCGGGGAGAAUUCUGCAGCUGCGUUGAGGAGAUGGCCUUCUCCUUUGUCAACUAUGAUGGCCCGAGGCUCUCUCAGGAUCCGAAUGUGCGCAAGCUGAUUCGGCGACAAGCCAUGAGAGAUGCGGGGGCAGACCGGAGAAUACGGGGCGGCUACGGACAACACAAUCUGAGGCAGUGUCCAGCAUCAUCGGAAAGUGGCACUGAUGAUGUGAAUUUGUCACUACUCGGAGAGACUCUGCCAGAUGAGUCGGUGUAUCGCCGCAAUCAGCCGUCAUCAGACAUCGUGGCAUCGGACCGAGGGACAAGAGCACUACAGAGAGCGUCGCAACGAUCCACCGUCUCUCGACAUCGCACACACGCGUUACCAGUCUCAGUCCCAUAUCUCAACUCCGCUAGCACGGAGAAGUUCGCGCUAUUACUGAAUCUCACACCGCUGACAGGGCUGCGACUCGGCAUUGCCAAGUUCUCAUACCUCAAGUCCGAGGCAGUCUACUCUGGGAAUCUCCCCUCCGCGUCGAAUUUGGCAAGUCGCAAACUGGCACAUUUUAUCAUGAGCCGAUAUGAACAAGUGCCGAUACUGAGAUAUGCCACCGACUGUGUUCUUGCGAAGCUCCACCAGAUAUUGCAGCCCCCAGAUGGCCUGGGGAAUGAGAGAGUCUUGCUGCACUACACCCGGGCGUUGAGGGCCGUUCAAGCGGCCCUGGAUGAUGAGAAACAAAGAAUGACUGCAGAGACGUUGUGUGCUACAGAAUUAUUGGGCGUUUUCGAGUUGCUUAAUGAAAAUACGAAAUCCCACUCCUGGAUACACCAUGCCGGCGGAGCUGCCCAACUUAUACAAAUACGAGGCGCCCAUAGCUUCCAGACCGAGUUUGAAAUGGCACUCUUCAUGGCUCAUAUUGGGCCAACAGUAAUGAACGCUUUUCUGAGCAAUAAACCAUGCUUCCUGGCAGACGAAGGAUGGGAUCGAGUCAUGCGAUCUGUGAUUUACAACGAUGACUCCUCCUACAAACAGAAGGGUCUUAUCCUCGCGCUGUGGAGCCAUCUCGUCAACGCGCCAAAGAAGUUCAAGGACGUGACAGACGCCAUCUCCUCGCCUACUCCACCGCCGCAGGAUGUGAUCGACGGAAUUAUAGCGCACAUACUAGAAGACCGAGAAAGUCUGCUCUUCUGGCUGGAAAUUGAACGCACGCUUCCAGACUUGGUGGAUGGAGACCAUGAGAGGGACAAAUAUGGCAUCAUAUUCCCGCGCCUGACGCUCGAGAAGGGCAUAGCUAGCCCUAAGCACGUUGCUCAGCUUGCACUACGGGGAACAUAUGUUUUGUGUCGGAUCCUCAAGUCCCGGCUUUUAGUCGCCAUGGCGCCACAUCGGUUUCGGUCUUUAGAGACUGAAUGCCAACACCUGGCAGCUAGGAUCACGACAUUGGGGCAAUCCAUGGUCGAGAACAACGACAAUGGGCUCCUUGAGACCUUUUUUGUUUCGCAGAGUACUUGGAUUGCUAAAGGUGUAGUGGAAACGAAAGACCUAUGGAGCCAGGGACUUCAAGAUUGCAGGGACGGCAUGAUUGAGAAGUGGAAAUUUGAGGCUUGGUGUACGGCUAUUGGAAGAACUCCCAUAGAGUGAACAUGUGUGAGGGAGGGAAAGAGUCAGGGUCACACUCACCGAGUGAUCGGGGAAGACGAUCGGAAUAUUAGGCUCAUGAGCGAGAAGUGAGGUCUAUUCUAUUUCGGUAAUUAGAUACAAGUGCACACACGCCUUGAUGCGUCCAAACCAUCACUUCACAAAUG